CACGUAAUAUUCCGGGGACAGAAGAGUUGUCAGUGCGUCUUACACUUCAAACGGAUGUGGUUCGCAAAAUAGUAUUGGUUUUUACAUAAAAUUGUACUUCCUUGUUUAGUGAUUAAAUUAAUCGUACGUUUUAUAAUCUUCACGGGUUGCAGGAUGCUAUCUAUAUUCAGUAAAAUUCCUACACAUAUGGAUUACAAAGGACAAAAAUUAGCCGAACAGAUAUUCCAGGGGAUCAUACUUGUCUCAGCAAUUGUCGGCUUUAUUUAUGGACUUAUUAUUGAGCAGUUUGGAUGGACAGUUUACAUUGUUUUGACUGGGUUCGCCGUUUCUUGUCUGCUCACCCUGCCCUCGUGGCCCAUGUACCGCCGACACCCCCUGACCUGGCAGCCUGUGAAGCCUGAGCCAUCAGGUGAGAGCAGAGAGAAGACACAGGAAAAUACCAAGAGGCCAAAGAAGUAUAAGUAGAUGAUGUUACCAAUUUAUUCUGUAAUAUCUUUGUAAAAAUCAGAUCAUUUCCCUCAUAUGAGAUAAAUUUGGCUGUAGUUCAAUAAAUUGGUGUAAUCCUCA